GCCGCCGCAGUUGCCUCCCUCUCCUCCUCUGCUCCCGCUGCCGCCGCCGUCUUCGUUUCCGCGCCGCCGCCGCCGAGAUGGCCCCGAAGAAGGACAAGGCCCCGCCGCCGUCGUCGAAGCCGGCCAAGUCCGGCGGUGGCAAGCAGAAGAAGAAGAAGUGGAGCAAGGGAAAGCAAAAGGAGAAGGUGAACAACUCGGUGCUGUUCGACCAGGCCACCUACGACAAGCUGCUCUCCGAGGUUCCCAAGUACAAGCAGAUCACCCCCUCCGUGCUCUCUGAGAGGCUCAGGAUCAACGGGUCCCUGGCUCGCAGGGCUAUCAAGGAUUUGAUGGCUCGGGGCCUAAUCCGCAUGGUCGCUGUUCACUCAAGCCAGCAGAUCUACACCAGGGCAACCAACACCUAAGUGUGAGGGUGACCUGCAUCUUUGUAUGCCCUGAAUGUGUAUGAGGGGCUUCUACUCUAGAACAGCUGUUACCUUUGUCGAGUUUCUAAUGUUAUGUCAAAUGAGCUACCUGUGAUGAUCAGCAUCUUGGUAUGUCUGAAACAUUUCAGAGAUUUUUGUUAUUAGUUGAGUACUGUUCUUGUUUGCCUUAUGGAAUUUUACUGCCAUC